AUGUUCCCACACAUUUUGAAAAGAUGUAUAGGGGAGCAUUACCCAGUCAUGUGGCGAAAUAUCGUAGAAAUCGUCGAGUCCAGGUUCCCACAGGACAGCAAACUCCUCGUAGGCGAUGCCACAGUUGGAGCUGGAGGCCAUUCUCGAGCUUUACUUGAGCUAUAUCCAAAUUCCCGCAUCAUAGGAGUCGACAUCGACAAAGAAAUGCUUGCAAUUGCAGAGAAAAACACAGCGGAUUUUUCUGAUAGGAUAAAAUUCCACCACACAUCAUACACAAACAUGUUUUCACUGCCAAGAUUCCCUGAAGAAUUCACAUCUGGAAAAGGCUUUGAUGUCCUAAUUGCAGAUUUAGGCCUAAGCUCAGUCCAUUUAGACACCCCUGAGCGUGGCUUUGCAUUUAGGACAGAUGGGCCAUUAGAUAUGAGAUUUGACAGGACUAAAAAUCAGCUGACGGCUGAAAAAAUUUUAAAUCAUGCAAGUGAGUAUGAAUUAGUUGAUAUUUUUAAACGGUACGGAAAUGAACAAUACAGUGAGACUGCAGCAGAGAUUAUUUGUCAGUAUAGAAAGGAAAAUAAAAUAACUAGCACAAUGCAGCUUACAAAAGUUUUGAAUUACGCUUUUUAUAUAGCCAAGUCUUUUAAGAAGUAUGAUAAUAUUACAAGGAUUUUCCAAGCUUUAAGGAUAAAGGUUAAUAAUGAGCUGGAUAAUGUGGAAAAUUUUUUGAAAAAUGCGAUUAAUAAUUUAGAUGAAAAAGGUGUUUUGAUAGUCAUAAGUUUCCAUUCUCUGGAAGAUGACAUUGUACACAAAUAUAUGAAGAAAGCAGUAAGAUUUAGUUAGAAUGGACAGUUUAUUGUGGAGUAUAAAACUUGGAAGCCAAUGGAGCCUGGGCAUGAAGAGAUGAUAGAAAAUAGCAGGAGCCGAUCAGCGCUGUUAAGAUACUUAAUAAAGCGAGACUUCAACAAAGAAAAGAAAAUUGGACAUGAAAGUCGUAAAUUAAUUAAUUAG